AUGGCGGGCUCCCCGCGUCCCGAGUUCCAUGUGCCCGGCGCAUACCACUUUGACAACCCGUUACCGUACGCCAUUCCCACGCCACGCGCCCUCGGUGCCGACGUCUUUCGGCCGCCCGUUGCGUCCUCCCCGACCGACUCGACCUACCUCGAUCUGGCACGGUCGGCCGGCAGUCUCUACUCGGACGUGUCGUCGGUCGCCGACCAUGGCGCCAAGCGGAAACGCGCCGCCCAGGACUCACGGGAGUCGACACCGCUGGCCGAGUGGGAUGCGAAUGCAACAAACGGACAGCAUGGCGGACGGCACCUCUACACGCUGGCCGGACAGAUUGACAUUCACGGCGCUCCUGGCCUGCACGACGCCAUGGACGACAGCGUCUAUUCGGACGUCGAGUAUCGACGUGCGUUGGGCCCACAUGAUGCGACAGCCGCAGCAGACGCAGCAACAGCAACCGACGACGCGCAGUCCGAUGCAGAUCGCUGGACGGUGCUGCACGCACUCGGCAACGUCGUCGGCAAGGUCUGGGAGUUUUGCACAGCGGGCGCCUUCCGCGGGUUCCAUGCGGGAGGAGGCGAGAGCUACGACUGGGAGACAGGCAAGCCGAAACCGACGGAGAUCGUGGGAGAGACGCCGACGCCGACGCCGCAACCACAAAGUGAAAAGCACAAAGACGAACCAACACCAACACCAACACCCAAUCUCACCCACGACGACCGCGACCGCGACACGACACCGCAGCGCAACGGCAAGCGACGGCAGGUCAGCGCUGCGGGCGACGAGCUGGGCCGCAACUGGGUCAUUGUCGAUCCGACGCUGAAGCAGAGACAGACAGAAGCCUACGCACAAACACCGAGGCGGUCGACUGCACAAGGACAGGGACAGGGACACGGACUGGGGCAAAAGAUGCCUUUGCGCGGUGGGAGGGCGUCCACCUCGACCACGCCCGCCGCGGCAGACACACGCACACCGGACCGGCGAGCCCCGAGCUACACGCGAGGGUCAACAACAACGACGGUGACGCCCAGCACAGCAGCGUCACGGCGCAUCAACACUCCGAUAUCACGGAUCACCGGUGCCGCCACGACCACCCCGCACGGUCGCCGCGGCGCGUCGGCCGCGUCGGUUGCCCGCGUGUCCCAGACCAGCAGUCCGUCGUGGUCAUCACGCGAGCCUGCCAGUUUUGCCUCAUUUGCCUCACCACGGGCCUCCACUCCAGUCGGUGGUGCCAAGACCGUCUCACCACGGCGUCCAUACGCAGCCUCCUACAAUAGCCCCGGCGGUAGCCGCAUCCCCUUGCCGCAACCCGGCGGCACCAAUGCAGGCUACAACCCCUUCUCGCGAGCCGCGGCUGCCGCCUCACCACGGCCUACCAGUCGAGCUGGCGGACGAUCCAGCAGCAUGGCCCUUGGCGCUGCUGGCAGCCCUGCCCAAAACGGCCACGGCCCCGGCCAUGGCCAUGGACACGCACAUCGCCGGAGCCAUAGCGGCCGCGUCGGCGUGUCGCCGCUGCUGCCAAAACAAACGUCGGCCGGUGGUCCUGCAAGCCUCGGCGCCGACACGUCCCUCGGCCUCACCGAGAGCCCCCGCCUCAGCGACGAGGCCAAACGGCUGGCCGCUCAGAACCUGGCGGCCGAGCAGGAGUCGGACGCCAAGAUGGAGGCCUUCAAUGCCCGGCUGCAGCAGAUGAUCCGGCAGGGCCAGGAGGCGCUGGGCACGACGUUUGAGGUGGACGGCGGCGGCGUAGACGACUAUUGGGCGGAUGAUUGA